GGUCGACGGGCAAAUAUUCGCCGCAGCUUUAGUGUCUCCGACCCUCCCUCCUCUGGGGAGAACCAGCGGCAGUACCAAAAGUCGAAGGCCUGCUCUCUCAGCCCUAAGAAGCAACUUCGCGCCACUUCCCCCGUGGCGGAGUGCAAAACUGCCACUACGCGACUUCAGCAGACUCAGCUCGCAAACUUUGGCGUUCGGAGAACGGCUCGACAGUUCGCUAAAGUCAUGCAGCAACAAAAGGAUGCUGAGGUCAUCGAAAAGAUUCUCAAAAGUGAGGAAUCUGGUAUGAAGAUUUCAUAG